UUUCAAGUUAGCAUGGGAAUAACUCCACAAUGCUCGCCCAUCAAAAAUAAGAUAUUUGUUUAUUUUUGCCGAGGCACAUACAAAAGAAAGCGGAAGAAACCAGCACUGCGAUUGAACCAAGAGUUCAAUUACCAAAAUAAUUACAUAUACCACUCGUACGCCUUUUUCCACGUGGAAAACGAUUCUCGAGCUUUCUUCAUCACGAUUGGGAGAAGCCGGCUGCACCAUCUAGAUUCGUUUCUAGUGGACGAAAGAGGCGAACUCGUUCGAAAUGGGACAUCAGUCUACGAAUACUACACGGAUUUCGACUGCGUCUACGACAGGAUUUAUUUUUUAGAGAGGCUCCUCAAAGAAUGCUUGACUCAGCAAAAUUCCACGCAAAGGAACAUUUCGCAUCCCGAUUUGAUGGUUCUACACUUUCCCCAACUGAAGGCUCCAACCUACCAUGCGGUGUCCAUGGGAGAUAGUACCCUGCACCUGAAUUGGGCUAUCUGGCUUUUGGGAUUGGUUAUACUUAUUUGCUGCUGCCUGAAAUAAACCCACAUGCACAACACAA